CACUUAUAAACCCCAACACAAAUCUACGGCUUGGUUCAAGAGAAGAGCCCGGACUAUCAAUGAUAGUUUUGUGUAUUUUAAAGAAGGUAUAGGCUAUCUAUUUCUAGUUGACAAUCUCACUGUAGUUUCUUCCAAUACACCAUCCAAGUUGGAUUGCAAUGACUGGGUUGCAUGAGCAUGCGUAUGAUAACAAUGACGACAAGUGCACUAGACAAAUGUCAAGGAGUCUUACGGUUUAGUACGAGAAGAACCUUGCCUUCUUCUGCCGCACGUUUCAAUUAGUUUUUAAACACGGCUUGCAAGACACAUCAAGAUGACAUCUGCCACGCCCCCUUCCUCCCGAAGCUGCUCCCCUCAAAAGGUGUGUCACUCGCAGACGCAGACAGACGUUCUAAAGCCCCUACUGGGCGCCGGGGGCUCCGGCGGGGGCGGGACCUUGAGGAGGCGGAGACGUGUUCUGUCCAAGGAUGGGCGGAGUAACGUACGCAUCGAACACAUCAGCGGGCGGUCGGCCCUGUACAUGCGUGACCUCUGGACGACGUUCCUGGAUAUGCAGUGGCGGUGGAAGUUCUUUCUCUUCACCCUCACCUUCACGGGGACGUGGUUCCUGUUCGGGGUUCUGUGGUACCUGGUGGCAUUAGUGCAUGGAGAUCUGCUGGAGUUCAACCCGCCGUCGAACCACACCCCGUGUGUGCUGCAGAUGCAGACGCUGACUGGGGCAUUCCUGUUCUCGCUGGAGUCCCAGACCACCAUUGGCUACGGCUUCCGUUGCAUCACAGAGGAAUGUCCAGCCGCCAUCAUCCUCCUGAUCCUGCAACUCGUCAUCACCAUGGUGCUGGAGAUCUUCAUCACCGGAACCUUCCUCGCCAAGGUGGCUCGGCCAAAGAAGCGAGGUGAGACGGUGAAGUUUAGCCAGCACGCCGUGGUGUCCAGUCACGAAGGCCGGCCCUGCCUCAUGAUCCGAGUGGCCAACAUGCGGAAGAGCCUGCUGCUGGGGUGCCAGGUGACGGGGAAGCUGCUGCAGACAUCUCAUACUAAGGAGGGGGAGACGGUGCGUCUGGACCAGAGGAACGUUCCCUUCCAGGUGGACACGUCCAGCGACAGCCCCUUCCUCAUCCUCCCCCUCACAUUUUACCACAUCAUAGACGACAACAGCCCGCUCAGGGCCUGGGCCGCCAAGGGCGGGGGAUGGACAGAUCCUGAGCUGGCGGACUUUGAGCUGCUGGUUAUCAUGAGUGCCACGGUAGAGCCCACCUCAGCCACCUGCCAGGUGCGUACCUCCUACCUGCCUGACGAGAUCCUGUGGGGGUACGAGUUCCCUCCUGUGGUCUCCCUCUCCCCCUCAGGGAAGUACGUGGCCGACUUUGCCUUCUUCGACAAAGUGGCCAAAACCAAGACCACGCCCCUCUUCAAAACAUCCCGCCCACAGAGCUACCAUGGCAACGGAGGAGGAGUAGGAGGGGGGGUGGAGGGGACUGACCCGGAGAAGAUCCGAUUGGAGCAGAGCUACAGGGAGAGAGGAGAGGAAGGGAGAGGGAGGGUCAGAGACAGUAGCCCUCUCAGUGUCCGCAUCAGCAAUGUCUGAGAGCCCACACACUGAGACGCAUACACCAGACUUGUGUUCAAAUACUAUUGGAAAUCAUUUCAAAUACUUUUGUCCGUGCUUGAUUGAGCUUUGCCUGGCUUAAUGGAACCAAUAGAAUAGUCCGGAAACCGCAAACCCUGCCCAUCUGGCACUUCAGUAAGACUAAAGCAAACUCAAAAUAUCUGAAAGAUGUAAAUAGUAUAUGAACCUAGGUCUGGCAUACACUGGAUUCUAAGCAGGGUCUGUUCCAGUUUACUACAAAUAUUCAAAUGAUUAAUUCAUUGCUUGUUGUUUAUUUACAUGAAAUUGGUACGUAUAGAAAUAUAGAGGAGCAAAGUGUGUUAUGGCUGGAGAGGGGGAAGCCCCUGGAAAGGCUUUGAAUGCUUAGGGUGGAUCACAAAUGGCACCCUAUUCCCUUUAUGUCCCCUACCGGCCCUGGUAAAAAAAUAAAUAGUGCACUAUAUAGGGAAUAGGGUACCAUUUGGGAUUCAGCCUUUGUACUGAUGCUUCUCUGCCAACGUACUGGACAUCCGUCCAUAAAUACACUGUAAAAACAUACAAAUAUUUAACACUUUAGAACGUUUUCUGAUUUUGUUAUUGGUACGUGCCAAUGUACUGUAGAAUAUGCUAGCUUGAAGCACUUUGUUGAAAUGAUAACACUAAUGUAUCAAUACAAAAAAGAAUGUCGACCUGUUGUGGACUUUGACUGCAUACGAAGAAGGCGAGAGAAGACGAUUAUACGGUGCUGGGUAUAGGCGUCAGUGUGCAUUUUCUGCACAGCUAUAUCUGUUAUUGUUGAUACAGAGGAAUGCAGUUAGCACUUUAUUAAGUACCUUUGCACCUUAGGAACGUUUCGAGCCCUUAACAUUACUGGAACGUGUGUAGAUUUGUGCUUUUAACCCAACUUAAAGCACUUUAACACUGGAUGAAAUGUUCGAAUGAUGCUUUCUGUUCAUAUUUUAUGAUUGUGAUUUUAACAAUUACGAUUUUUGUCCGAUUCGCCUCUCUUCAGUCCUUUUGCCAUGUGUUGUUUCUGUGGCUAUAAGCACAUUGAUAGGAAAUAAUAUUUUUGUAAAUAAUCAUAAACAGCCAUUUAGAAGGUUCAAUGCUAAAAGGAAGAUACGUUCUAGGCCUAUUCUAGACACCAAAUUGCCUUAACAUAGAGUCAAAAAACACUCCAUUCCCUACCUUUGACCUUUGAUUAAGGCCCAUAGGGCUCUGGUCAAAAGUAGUGCACUAUAUAUGGAAUAGGGUGCCAUUUGGGAUACAUCCCCAGGGACUCACAUUGCCUUAACAUAGAGUCAAAAAACACUCCAUUCCCUAUAGUGCACUACCUUUGACUUUUGAUUAAGGCCCAUAGGGCUCUGGUCAAAAGUAGUGCACUAUAUAUGGAAUAGGGUGCCAUUUGGGAUGCAUCCCCAGGAACUCACAUUGCCUUAACAUAGAGUCAAUAAACACUCCAUUCCCUAUAGUGCACUACCUUUGACCUUUGAUUAAGGCCCAUAGGGCUCUGGUCAAAAGUAGUGCACUAUAAUAUGGAAUAGGGUGCCAUUUGGGAUGCACCCCCAGGGACUCACAUUGCCUUAACAUAGAGUCAAAAAACACUCCAUUCCCUAUAGCGCACUACCUUUGACCUUUGAUUAAGGCCCAUAGGGCUCUGGUCAAAAGUAGUGCACUAUAUAUGGAAUAGGGUGCCAUUUGGGAUGCACCCCCAGGGACUCACAUGAGUACAAGCUUCUAUUUCUUCCUCUGGUGGUAACCAUGGCUUCAUGUGUAAAGUAGGUUUUGGGGAAAUUCGGAUGGGGUAACUUAAGUUGAGAGAGGUGUGUCAAGACCUAAUCAUGGCUUUAGAUGAGAAUAUUAACCCAUGCCUUCAUUUGGUUUACAGGGGAGAAUGUACACGGACUGUUGGUAUUGCUGAGAUGUUUUGAGAGGAAGCAAAUGUGAUUACUGUGUGGUGUCCAUGAUUAGACUUGGGUUCAAAUGCAAUUGGAAUCAUAAAAAAACCAAUCCCGACCUUGAUUGAGCUUGCCUGGCGCAAAGGAACCAAUCGAAUAGUCGCAUAACGGCAAACUCCACCCAUCUGGCAGUCUAGACAGACUGAAGCAAACGCUAAGGGGCAGGUUUCCAGGACAAAGAUAAAUCCUCAUCUUAGACUAAAAAACAUGUUUAAUGGAGAGAUUCUCCAUUGAAAGUGCUUCUUAGUCCAUGUCAAGGCUGAAUCUGUGUCUGGGAAACUGGUCAUAAAAGUAAAUAUUUGAAGCCAGGUCUGAUCAUGAUUUUGCCAUUGCCCUCGAAGCCUGAGUGCUUUGUCGAUAUGAACUAUUAACUGUGGGAGAGGUUUGAUAUUUUGUCUUCAACUUGUCUAGGUUUUCACUGGAAAACUUGAAUGUUGUCUUCUAGAUCUUUAACGACAUAAGCUAAUUUGAAAUAAAAAAAGUAUCAAAGUUA